AGCCCUCGUGGUUCUCAAAAUAAAGAGUUCCACCAAAAAAGUGAAUCGGCCAAAAAAAAAAAAGUUGUAUUUUUCAAUUAAACAAAACCAGAAAGUGUCUUAUUUGUGGAUUUUACCGGGGAUCAACAGGCCCAAUACCUACAAGAAAGUAGAAAUUCCCAACAGAAUUUCUUUCCCCUGGGUUACUCACUCAAAGAGUGAAGCCAGAAAAAGGCAAAAGUUCCGUCGAAAAUCUGUUGAAUUAUGGGUGUGGACUAUUACAAGGUUCUUCAGGUAGACCGCAACGCCAAAGAUGACGACCUCAAAAAAGCCUAUCGCAAACUCGCCAUGAAAUGGCAUCCCGAUAAGAACCCUAACAACAAAAAAGAAGCUGAAUCCAAAUUCAAACAAAUCUCCGAAGCCUACGACGUUUUGAGUGAUCCACAGAAGAGAGUAGUAUAUGAUCAAUACGGAGAAGAGGGGUUAAAAGGGCAAGUGCCACCGCCAGGUGCCGGUGGAUUUCCAGGUUCAUCAGAUGGUGGUGGUGGUGGUGGUCAUGGUUCGUUUCGAUUCAAUCCGCGUAGUGCUGAUGAUAUAUUCUCUGAAUUUUUCGGGUUUUCAGCUCCGUUUGGUGGGAUGGGAGAUAUGGGUGGAAGGACUGGUGCCUCAGGUUUUUCUAGGGGGAGUAUGUUUGGGGAAGAUAUUUUCACUUCUUUUAGGAAUGCUGCUGGUGAAGGUGCAUCAGGUAAUGCGUCACGAAAGGCCGCUCCGCUAGAGCGGGCACUGCCUUGUAGCUUGGAGGACCUGUAUAAGGGAACCACCAAGAAGAUGAAGAUAUCCAGAGAAGUUACUGAUGCUGCUGGGAGACCCAGUACGACUGAGGAAAUUCUGACUAUUGAUAUCAAGCCUGGAUGGAAGAAGGGGACUAAAAUAACAUUUCCAGAGAAAGGAAACGAGCAACGAGGCAUAAUUCCAUCGGACCUCGUCUUCAUAAUUGAUGAGAAGCCGCAUGGUGUCUUUAAGAGAGACGGCAAUGACCUCAUCAUCACCCAGAAAAUCUCCUUGGUAGAGGCUCUUACUGGAUACACUGCACAGAUAACAACGCUUGAUGGACGGGUUCUAACUAUACCAAUUAAUUCAGUCAUUAGUCCAAAUUAUGAAGAAGUUAUCAAAGGAGAAGGUAUGCCCAUUCCCAAGGAACCUAGCAGAAAAGGAAACUUGAGAGUAAAGUUUAACAUCAAGUUCCCCAGCAAACUUACUUCUGAGCAGAAAGCUGGCAUUAAGAGAUACUUGACAUGAUGAAUGAACAUUAGCUCCUAGAGUUUUCCAUCAAAAUUCUACAUAAGCCUCUCCUCGCCUUUGUCUUUAUCAUGCAAAGGAAUGUACACCGUUUAUUUUGUCUGUCUUCUGAAACAUUUAAGUUUGUUAUUUCAAUAUCUUUGCAUUCUAGAUCUCACCCAUUUUAGAGCAUUCAUUGGAUCUCUUUCUUUUUUCUUUUUGUGGCGAUAGAGUACUAUUGGAUCUGAUGCUAUUCGUCUUGUUUAUGUCAAUAAAAGGUAUUGGAGUUCUGGUAA